UUUCUCUUCUCCAUAUAUCCAACCCCAGUCACUCCUUUAACCCCCUCAGCUCUCUUUAUCAUCCUUUGUUGUUGAUUUAUUUGUCAAAAAAAACAACUACAUACUUGUCUUUUUUUGCUCUCCAACCACUCACUAUUAACUACCACAAGUCGCGUUCUUCCUACGUCUGUUAUACCCCUUUUCCCAGUUAGCUAUGAUUUUCAACAAAAGCUAUAUCCCGUUUGCGCUUGCCGCUCUUCCUUACUUGGCUAAGGCCGAUGUGACCACCACCUCCAUUAUUUAUGUCACUGUCACCGAAACCUUGUUGACCCCAAGCGAGUCUGCUGCCGCUCUCGCGGAGUCAUCUGUUUCUGCUGCCAGUGCUGCGUCAGCUGCGUCAGCUUCUUCUGCCUCUGCCGCGUCAGUCGCGUCAGUUUCUGCUGCUUCUGCCGCCUCUGCUGCCUCUGCUGCCUCUGCUAUUUCUGCUAUUUCUGCUGCUUCUGUUAUUUCUGCUAUUUCUGCUGCUUCUGUUGCUUCAGCUGCAUCAGCCGCGUCUGCUUCAACUGCAUCAGUUGCCUCUGUUUCCUCCGUAUCAGCUGCUUCCGUCGCGUCUGUCAUUUCUGCUUCCAUUGCUUCAGUCGCGUCUGUAUCAUCUGCCUCCGCGGCUAUGGCUUCCGCUCUCUCCUCUGCUUCUGCUGCCUCGAUUGCUUCCGAUGUAUUCUACAAGUCGUAUGAAUCUGUGUUGGCCAAGUCGUCUGCUUCUGCUGCUUCUGUUGCCUCGGCCUCGUCUGUCUCUAUAGCCUCGGUUUCCUCAGCUUCCGCUGCCUCUGCUUCUCGUGCCUCCGUAGCUUCUCGCUCUUCCGAGGCCAUGAUAUCUGCCCAAGGUUUGAUUGCCAUUGCUUCUGAUAUCUCGAACUCCACCAGUCAUUCAUUCUCCUCCUACGCCAACUCUACUACCGCCUUUUCCAGUCAGUGGAGUACCACCGCGGUUUCUGCUACCACUACCGGACAACCUUUGUCUGCUGUUACUGCCGCCUCCGUAGCGAGUUCGUCUACCUCAAAGGCUGGUGCUAACGAUCUCCGCAUCCCAAUGAUGGGUGCUGGUGUCGUGGGCGCUUUGAUCGCCGUCUUGUUGUAAGGUUUCUGAAAGCUCAACCUGAAAAGAAAGUAUGAAGGUAAAAUGGGGUAAGCUGGAAACAUUUGGUUUCUGACUCUCCGCGUUACCACCCGCAGCUUCUUUUCAUGAUACGCCUAUCGAGACCUCCCUCUCUUUUUCUUUGGCUAGCCCAUUUCUGCUGGCAUGUUUUUACCUCUUGUUCGUCUUCUGGUGUUUUUCUUCGCUUUUUCCCCUCUCCGGCACUUGUCAUGUUGUAUUAUUAUCCUUUUUUGCUUUUUUUGCUCGUUCUAUUCCCUGGUUUUCCGUAUUGUAUCUGCAAGUCCCUCUAAAAACCUCUUGGAGUGUUGAUUUUUCGACUUGAGUGCCCAGAACAUACAUCCAUUUUCUUCAAGUUUGUCGGCUCUCUUUUUUACAUAUACCAUCUGUUUUCUCUGUUACUUCUGUC